AUGCGGCUCAUUGUAGCCAGCUGCAGCAGAACGGGUACUCUGGGUCUCCACGAAGCCCUGGAAAUGCUUGGAUAUACACCAUAUCAUAUGAUUGACCUGAUGCUCAAGGGUAGGAAGCCUCACAUCAAGGCUUUCACAGAGGGCAUCCUAGCUCAUAAUAAUCGAUUCUCUGGUAUCAAGAGAUAUGAGACGCCAGACCUUGAUCGAUGGAUAGGAAGUUUCGACUGCUUGAUGGAAAUACCAAGCUAUAUUGGACUCCGAGCUCUGGCGGGUUAUAUUGAAGACCCAUACGUCAAAUUCAUCGUGACUGAGCGCUCGCCUGACAAAUGGGUCAAGUCGUUCAACAAGACAAUUGGAGAAGCGAUCAUGGCAGGCCACAAAUUUCCACUGAACAUUUUGAGGCGCUUUCACUCGGAAGUGGGUCAGUUUUUCAAUCUGGCCGAGGUAAUGUACUGGGCAUAUUCUGACGGCACAAACCCCGGCCAUCCGAACAACGAGGCGGCUCUUCGAAAGAACUAUGUCGAAUACAUCCGGGAAGUGAAGGAAACACUACCAAAGGAUAGACUUCUUGUGGUCCGACUUGAGGAUGGACUGGGCUGGGAGGAGAUCUGUCCAUUCUUAGACGUGCCCAUUCCCGAAGAAAAGUACCCUCGAGGCAAUGAGCCAGACAAGUUCCAUAAGAUCAUUGAAGAUUAUCUGGAGCCAAAAUUGAAGGCUGCAAUGAUCAAUCUAGGCACAUUUGUAGUCACAGUCGCCGGGAUAGGUGGCUACUUGGGUUGGAGGUAUUAUCGCGGCCAUUAG